AUGGGAGGAGGAGGAGCGAUGAGAGCAGCGGCUAAGGUGGCCGGAGUUGGAGUGGUUAACUCUGGAAUCCGCGGCGGCAUCUCUUUCGUUCCUCCAUCGGGGGAGCAGUCGGUGCGCAAUGCUUCCCGUCCUGUUUCGGCGAUUAUAUCGUCCAAGGCGAGUGGAGGAGGGGUCACGGAGACGGUGCAGAGGCCCGCGUGGGAGCUGGACGAGUGGGAGUUCGCUGGUGGGGUGGAGGAGGAGAUGUUUGUGGAUUCGGGUGAGCCGGCAGCUAGAGUUGUUUUUGGUGGUGCACCACCGAGUUUGCAGGAGGCUAAGGCGGCUACUUGUGAAUUGAAAGAUGCGUUGCAGAAAGUAUAUCUGUCACCUCCUUACUCGGGAACUGGCAGUUCACAUGGAGGUAGUCAGCUAUCUGGCCUCCCUUUGCUCACAAACACUGACUUUUUGGAAACUAAAGGUUGUAUUAGCUGUGAUCCAAUUGGAGCUCCCGCACCAAAAUAUGCUAUGCAGGCAUUUUCAUUGCUUAAUGAAAGUCCUAAAGUUCAGAAUGUUGUUGCUGCCCUUGCUUCCGAUCCAAAUGUCUGGAAGGCAGUUUUAGAAAACGAAGCCCUUCAAGAUUUGCUCCAGACCCAGAAUACAACCAAGGAAUCUGUAGCAGAUGCCCAGUCAUCUGAAGCCAAGGAAUCUGUUGGAGAUGCCUGCUUUCAGGAUGCAGUAUCUUCAAGGCAGUUCACUGAAUUAUCUGAUGAUGAAAGUGAAGCUGGAAACUCUCAAACUGAACUCAUGGAUAUUAUCAACAACGUCAAGCAUACUGUGGUUGACAUGGUGACUAAUAUAUCUGCUUACUUCAAGAGGAUUUUUAGCUUUACAUCUGCAGAGCACUCUCCUGCCGCUGAUGGAAGUGCUGGAGCAACUUCGAUUGAAAAGACCCUGGGAGCAUCCCUCAUGGGAUUGGCAGUGAUGGUUAUAAUGGUGGUUAUGCUGAGGCGCCCUUAA